CCGAUUUAGAUUCUAAACCUGAUUGGCAAAGCCCAACUACUCUCGGAACGCGAGUUCUACGGAUUCCUUGUAUGCGUGGCUCUUGCUCAAAGGAAUGAAGAUAUAACGAUUAUCAAUAUAAACGCCUGCAGGUUUGAUCCUCCAGUACCUCGACUUGAUAUGAAUCAGGAAGACAGUGAGGAGGAGGACGGCGUCAUACAAAACCAGCACAAUACCAACACGCAACCAUCAACGGGUUCAAAUGAAUCCUUUGAGACCUUCGUCAAUAUCGAUAAGCCUGAUACAGUGACGGUCCAAAUUGCGCCGGAAAAAGAGGGAUAUAUAUUCAAGCAUGUCAAAUAUAUCGUACAAAACAAUGACAUCAAGUCUAGAGUACUGAGGAGAUACAACGACUUUUCGUGGUUAGUCGAAACAAUAAUAAGACGGUAUCCAAGCCGCAUGAUUCCAAAUUUGCCACCGAAAAAUCUUGGAGGAAGAACCGACGCAUUUUUGGAAAAGAGAAGAAAAGCGCUUUCCCGCUUCUUAAACGCUCUACUACGACAUCCCAUUCUGAGGAACGACGAAAUUGUGCAUGUCUUUUUCACGGAGCCAUCGGAACUGGGGGCUUGGAAAAAGCAAAAUGCUCCAUCGCUAGAGGACGAAUUUUUCCGUCUUCAAAUUGGAGAGGAAUCCGCCAACGCAACACAGGACUGGGAGGAACGAUUUGAGAAGGCUACUCAAAGAAAUGAAGUGGCCGUCAAGACCUAUACCGAAAUGUGUAUUGCCAUGGAGCGCAUGGCCAAGAGACAGUCGAACCAAGCAAAGGAUUACAUGCGUUAUGGAACUUGUUUAAGCUCACUGAGUGAGCUUGAGAACUUUUGCUAUUCAGAGGCUUGUCAGCGUCGAUGUCGACAAGUGCGUCUUGAUUCGGAAUUGGUAGCCAAACACCUUCAAAAGGCACGAGUACAGCUACAGAAUUCGUCAGACGUCAUAUAUUCUACCACAUUGGAACAACUGAAACGGCAGAGAGACUUAUGUUUGUCAUUUAAGGACCUUUGUAACAGGAAGAAUCGCUACUGGGGUAAUAUAUUGGAGGUAUUGGAGAAGCGAGUCAACAACAAUAGGAUAAAGGCAAACCAAAACAGAGGUAUACCUGGUAUGGAAAACGAAGUGCAAAAGCUGGAUGUUCUACUUCGUCAGGACAACGAGGCUAUUGUCAAAGAGAAGAAGCGUCGACAAUAUAUAGCGAAAUCUAUCAAAGAAGAAAUUCGGUAUCUUCAGGAUCAAGAAUCGUAUGCUCUUAUUUUACAUCGUAAUUUUACCCAGAUACAAGCACAGUCUGAAAAGAAUAUGUAUGAAAUAUGGAACGAGCUACAGAAUAAACUGGAAGGAUGAAGAAUGGGAGGAUU